AUGUCUGGUGCCGGGAAGACACAACUUACCAGAAAAUAUUGUGAAAUUCAUCAUGACUUUUAUGAACGUUUUGUUUGGAUAGAUGCAGGAUUUGGAAAAUUACAUACUUCAAUGAUAAACCUUUAUGAAUUAUUAGGAUUUGUUGUUCAAGAUUCUCAAGGCAAUUCUUUUAAUAUAGAAGUGAUUGUUGAGAAAAUUCACAACUAUUAUAAAAACGAAAAAACUCUGUAUAUUUUUGAUAAUGUCGACGAUGAAAGCGUUCGAAAUUUGGGAAUGUUUAUUUCAAAGAAACCGAAAUCAUUUACUUUAUUUACAACUCAAUGGAGAAGGUGGUCAAAUAAAGUAAAUCAAAUGUUAAUCGAUGUUUUUUCUUCUAAAGAGGCUUUCGAGUACGUAAAAAAUAGUAUAAAAGAAAACACCGACGAAAGUAUAAAAAACCUAAUUAAAGAACUUAGUUAUCAUCCGUUCGCUAUUACUCAAGCAAUAAAAUAUAUAGAGAUACAUAAAAUUUCCACACAAAAAUAUAUAGAUCGAUAUAAAUCAAAUCCUAUUAAAAUACUAGAUGAUGAAUACUUUCCAACGGAAGAAAAAUCAAAGUCUGCUAUAAAAGCAAUCAAUUUAGUGUUAAAAAAAUUAGAAAGAAAAAAAAUUAUUCCAUUAAAAUUACUCAACUGUUUAUCUUAUUGUAAUGGUCAAAGCAUAAAUAAAGAAUUUAUCACUCAAAUCAUAAAACAAAUGACAGUAAAUGAAGAUUAUUUAAUAGAUGAAGCCGUUGGAUUACUAAUAAGUUAUUCUUUGCUAGAUCGUUUGGAUGAUGAAAAAUAUUCAAUGCACGAACUGACACAAAUGUCAAAAACCUUCCAUCAGAUGACGACAUCUAUUCAAACUCUAUUAGUAUGUAAAAGUUUAUUUCAAGAAGCAAUCGAAAUAUUAAAAAGUAUUAAAAAAUUUAAUGCAGAAACAUAUGGAGAGAAUAAUAAAUUCACAACUGAUACAAAACAUAAUAUCGCAAGCUGUUGGAUCUAUAUGGGAAAAUAUAACGAAGCUUUAGAAAUUUAUUAUUCUGUUGAUAAAAAACAAACUGAAAUUUUAGGUAUCAACCAUCCAGAUACAAUGUCAACAAAAGUUAAUAUCGCAAGCUGUUUGAACGCUAUGGGAAAAUAUAACGAAGCUUUAGAAAUUUAUUAUUCUGUUGAUAAAAUACAAACUGAAAUUUUAGGUAUCAACUAUCCAGAUACAAUGUCAACAAAAAAUAAUAUUGCAAACUGUUUGUCCGCUAUGGGAAAAUAUAUCGAAGCUUUAGAAAUUUAUUAUUCUGUUGAUAAAAUACAAACUGAAAUUUUAGGUAUCAACUAUCCAGAUACAAUGUCAACAAAAAAUAAUAUUGCAAACUGUUUGUCCGCUAUGGGAAAAUAUAUCGAAGCUUUAGAAAUUUAUUAUUCUGUUGAUAAAAUACAAACUGAAACUUUAGGUAUCAACCAUCCAAGUACAAUAGGAACAAAAAAUAAUAUAGCAAGCUGUUUGUACGCUAUGGGAAAAUAUAACGAAGUAUCAACCAUCCAAAUACAAUAG